AUGAAAACAUUUCAUUCCACACAUGGUAAACAAUUUGUUAAUAAAAAAUAUCGUCGUGUAUUUUUAGCUGACGGUUAUAAAUCUAUCUCGGUUUAUGGUGAAAUUAAAUUAUAUAUAACUUUAGGUGACAUGCAAACCUUCAUUAGUACAUUUAUUCUUAAAGAAUUAUGUGCUGAUUGUAUAUUGGGCAUGGAUUUUAUUAAUAAAUAUAAAUUAAUUAUUAAUACAAGGGAACAAACAGUGUCAGUUUGUAACAACAACAAACAAAUCAUACUAAAAAUCGAUGUUAAUAAAGACAAUAUUCGUUAUCCAGCACGUGUGAUCAAUAACAUUCGAAUUCCACCAAAACGCACUGUUUUAGUUCCUGUAUCAGUCGAAUUAGCAUCAGCAAAUGAACAACUACUAUUCCUACUUUAUUUUUUUACAAAAGAUCCAACCAUUGAUCGCGAAUUAGUAAAUAGACACAUUGUUAAUUUGAUUCAACAUAUCGGUAAUGAUGAACAACGACAUGAAGUAAAAAUUGUUCUUGAUCGACAUGCAAAAUUAUUUGAUACUAGUAAACCAACCAUCGCUACUACUUUAAAGUCACAUGAAAUUAAAACAUUGAAUCAUUCACCACCAACAUCCAAACCAUAUUAUUCUACACCGCUCAAACAAGAAGAAAUGCAUAAGAUCACACAAGAACUAUUACAUUUUAGUUUAAUUCGUCCAUCUUAUUCACCUUAUGCCGCACCUGCAUUACUUGUUGCUAAAUAUGAUGGUACCUGGAGAAUGGUUGUUGAUUAUAAAAAAUUAAAUAAUAUUACUAUCAAAGAUAAUCAUCCAUUACCAAAUAUGGAACAAACGAUCCAGAUAUUAGACGGUGGUUAUCAAUUCUUUUCCAAAUUGGAUAUGAAAAGUGGAUUCUGGCAAAUUCCAAUUACAGAAGAAGACAAAUAUAAAACUGCAUUUAUUACUUCAGAUGGUCUUUACGAAUGGAAUGUUUUAGCUCAAGGAUUGAAGAAUAGUCCACCAUCUUUUCAACGAAUUAUGGCUGAUAUAUUAUCUUCAUGUCGGCAAUUUGCAUUAGUUUAUAUCGAUGAUAUUGUGGUUUAUUCUCAAUCAUUCGAUGAUCAUCUCAAUCACAUUACACAAGUAUUAUCGAUCUUGUUACAACAUAAUUGUCAACUUAAUCCAACCAAAUGCAGUAUCUUUCAACAACAAAUUGAUUAUUUAUCACAUACGAUUUCUGCAACUGGUGUUAAACUAACUGAUGAAAAAAUUCAAGCCAUUAUUAGAUUAUCUGAACCUAAUACAUUAGCUAAAGCAAACAAAUUCGUUGGUGUAUUAUCUUGGUAUCGCAAAUUUAUACCUCAAUUUGCAACAAUUGCAGCACCUAUUCAUAGCAUUACAAAUUUAACAAAGCCUAAUAGAAAAAAAUUUACUUGGGGAGAGUCACAGAAACAAGCAUUUCUACAAUUAAAACAACUAUUGGCUAAUUCUCCAUUAUUUCUUGAUUUUCAGAAUGAUAAUUAUCCAGUUAUAUUGACAACUGAUGCAUCGAAACUUGGCAUUAGUGGUACAUUACAACAAAUUAUUAAUGAAGAAACAAAAAAUUUAUAUUAUAAUUCCCAAGUGACCUCCUCUACGCAGAGAAGAUAUGACCCAAUUGAAUUAGAAGCUUUAGCUAUAUGGUUAUGUUUUCAACGUAUGCGAUCUUAUAUACUUGGUAGAUCUAUUAUAAUCUAUACUGAUCAUUGUCCUUUAUACAAUAUGAUGAAUUCAUCUGUGAAGAAUCAACUAGUAGAUCGUAUAUCCAUAUUAUUACAAGAAUAUAAUAUUGAGAAAGUUAUUCAUAUUAAGGGUCAAAAUAAUUGCUUAGCCGAUUAUUUAUCUCGGCAUCCUAUUCAACAUGACGAAGAAAUAUUUAAUGAAGAGUAUAGAUAA